AUGAGACCCAAGAAAAAGCAUACUUCCGCUCUGCAGGCUUUGCAGAGAAAGAAAGUUGGAACAGCAGCUGUACAAACCGAUGGGAUGUUAUUCACCCUGGAGGUUCAGCCAGAGGCCAUUGAGAAUGUCACCCCCAAUGCAGAAGUCCACUGUACCAUGGGUCUUGCUCCCCAAGGCACUGGAGAGGGUGACGUUGACAUUGACAAGGCGGAGGAACUGAUAGCUAACAUCACAGAACAACAGGAGCUGGCCCAGCAGGUCUCAGAUGCCAUUUCUCACCAUAUGGGUUUUGGAGGUGACUGGGGUGAGGAUGAAUUGCUGCCAGAUCUAGAGGAGCUGGAGCUGUUAAGUGUAGGCAACAAGGAGGAAGAAACCCCAGGAUUGCCUACUGUACCUUAUACACAGCUGCAUGCAGGGCCAGAUAUCCAGGGCUCUUUGUUAAAGACUUGA